GCCCUACGUGUUGUGCGGAGUGCGCGAGUUGGCGGACGGUCCCUGGGCGGGUUUUCUAGGCCCCGGGACCACGGAAGACGCUUCCGAGGGCGGCCGCGAUGCCUCGCCCGCGGCGGGUCAGUCAGCUCCUGGAUCUAUGCCUUUGGUGCUUCAUGAAGAAUAUUUCCAGAUACAUCACAGAUAUUAAGCCUUUGCCUCCCAACAUAAAAGAUAGACUGAUUAAAAUAAUGAGCACGCAGGGACGUAUAACAGAUUCAAAUAUAAGUGAGAUUUUACAUCCUGAUGUCCAAACUCUAGACCUACGAAGCUGUGAUAUUUCAGAUAGUGCUCUCCUGCAUUUGUGCAACUGCAAGAAACUGAAGAAAUUAAAUUUAAGUUUCUCAAAAGAAAACAGAAUUUCCAUAACUUCAGAAGGAAUAAAAGCUGUGGCUUCAUCUUGUCCAAACCUACAUGAAGCUUCUUUGAAAAGAUGCUGCCACGUCACUGAUGAAGGAGUCCUUGCCCUCGCUCGCAAUUGCCAGCUGCUCAAGAUCAUCGAUUUGGGCGGCUGCUCGAGUAUCACUGAUGUGUCUUUGCAUGCGUUAGGAGAAAGCUGCCCAUUUUUGCAGUGCGUUGACUUUUCAGCUACUCAGGUAUCUGACAAUGGUGUGGUUGCUCUCGUUAGUGGACCUUGUGCCAAGAAACUAGAGGAGAUUCAUAUGGGACAUUGUGUAAACUUGACUGAUGAAGCCGUAGAAGCUGUCCUCACUUCCUGUCCUCAGAUACGGAUAUUACUCUUCCACGGAUGCCCCCUGAUAACAGAUCAUUCACGAGAAGUCUUAGAACAAUUAGUAGGCCCAAACAAACUAAAGCAAGUGACAUGGACUGUUUACUGAUGCUCACUAAAGCUACAAAAGCUUAUCAAAAGUACUCUCCCAGGAAAUGGUCUGUAGAAAUGUGCUUUCCAUAAUUUAACACUACCUGGUUAUGUUAUUGUCGUAUUUAAGCUAUCGAAUUUAAGCUAAGAGAAUCAGCUAAACCUCAGUGUGUGUGUGUGUGUGUGUAAAUAUAGUUUGUGCUUUGAAGUUAACCCUACUCUUAAACAUCUUAAUAGUGCUAAUUGCA